AUGGCAUAUGACACUUUUAUGAAUGACUUCCCUUGUGCUGAUAUCCAUCAACUUAUUGCACCAGAUCUCCUUCACCAGAUCAUCAAAGGCUGCUUCAAGGACCAUCUAGUUGCAUGGGUGGAGAAGUACCUCCAUCAUAUUCAUGGAAAACACGAGGCAGAGCGCAUUAUGGAUGAUAUUGACCAACAUCUGGCUGCUGCUGUUCUGUUCACUGGCUUGCAGCGUUUCCCACAGGGCUGUGGAUUCAAGCAGUGGACUGGGGAUGACUUGAAGGCACUCAUGAAGAUAUAUCUGCCUGCAAUAGAAGGCCAUUUACCGACUGACAUCAUCUGCACAUUUUGUGCCUUUUUGGAAUUCUAUUACCUGGUCUGA